GUGGGCAUGUGAGGACACGUGUGCCCACCCAGCGGUGGAGGCAAACAUCCUGGUGGUGGAACCCCGAUGACGACGACGACGAUGAUGAUGCAGCUACGUCAUCGCCACAUGUGUUUCCCACCUCUCUCGCUCAUUGCUCUCCCUCUCGCUCAUUGGCGCUCCUUGGUCAUGUGACCCAAUGCUCUCCUUCUCCUCUCCUUCCCUUAGACAGCUAAGGCUGCGCCGCGUUUCUCUUUUGGGAUUGACGCUCAUCUGUGUGUGUGUGUGUGUGUGUGUGUAUCAGAAUAUGUGUGGUAACUGAGAGACAGACAGUGUACAACUGUACAGUGCCGGAGAGCCGGGUGUGCGUCAGAAAGUGUCGGGACGGAGAUGCAAUAAGCUAUGCUAAAAGGAGAGAAGGCUCAGGAAACAAAACUGAGAGGCAAAUUGAGAGCGGGAGGCGAGAGGCACUUUGAGAGAGCCGGAGAAAAUAAGAGAUCACGAGAAACCGGGGAAAGGCUCCAGAAGUUGAUCCAACUAGAGCGCAGUGUCGCCGGCACACGCUCAGAAAUAUAAGAGGAGAAAUACUACGCAGGAGCGGACAGCGAUCUGCAUGGGGAAGACGGCCAUGUUUUUCCCCCCACCCUCUCCUGCUCCUCCUGGUUAGAUCUGCUCCAAAACUCCAGCGAUGUGUCGAGAGAAGAGAGGAGACGCCACAAGGCCGGUCAGCCAAGCAAGUGGGCGAGAGGAAGCAUCCAGCGGUCAUGGCGACGUGGAUGAUGCUGAUGAUGAUGAAGUCGAGGCGGAACAAUGGUGAGGAGAGAAAAACGAGACGACGCUAUCUGGUCGACAGGAGAGGACAGAAGUCUCGCGUCCUCCGCGAACUUGUGGUCGCCGUCUUCGUUUGGCGACAACCCGCCGAUCCUCUCGCUGCUUCUGCCCGUCUUCUCCUGCUUCAUCGUCGCUCCCUUCACAGAAUCCGUCAGAUAAUAACCGAGCGACUCGUGUUUGCUCGUCUUCCCUCUCCUCGGUGUCUUCUUCCGUUCCCCUCUCCUCGUUCCGCUACUCUUUCUGGCUGAUGUCGAAGUAUCAUCCGCUGUUCCCCCUCUGCGUCGCCCGGCGUCGUCGUCUCGCUCUUUAUACCUUUUGUUGUCAUCGUAUCGGCCAUCGUUCUUUCCAUUUGUUUUCUCCCCUCGUGGAGACGAGGUGGCUGACGUUAUGGUUGCGUAUCAAGCGAACAUCAGCUUCCUCCAGUGGGAAACCUUCCACCUCUGCAUCCUUUGGAUGUCUGGAUCCUUCAGGCCAGCUCCCUCCUAAUCUACCAACCUUCUCUCUUUCUUCUGCGUAUCGCCUUGCUAGCGAAUCUAGUAUCAGCCGCAGGUAUAAAAUGUAAGCUUUUUUGUUUCAAGCGGCGACCGCUGUGAUCGCGGGAUGGAGAUCGAAGAACCGUGAUCGGUGGCUUCUCCUUCGGCCCAGGGCUGAGUCGGAUCUCGAGGCGCGAACACGGAACGGAAUCUCUGUCAGGAAAAAACAGAUGGCGUUUCGCAGAAGGCAUAAACCAGCAUAAACAUAACGUUGCUUCUCUUUGCUCCUUUUCCUGUUGUCGGCGUUGUGCGUUGAGACCGUGUAUCGCUUGGCGUCCGUCGAUUCCCUUCUGCACUCGAAAAAAGCAAAUUGCCAGCACUGGGCUUUUGUGGAUUAACAAAACACACAACAUCGGCGUGUAUAUUUAUAUAUAUAUAUAUCAUCACCAAAUGCAGUAGAGAAAGGAGUGCUGAAGGGCGUGGAUACAGACAGAGAGGUUUCUCAUUGGUAAGAGCUCUGCUGCACCGCGCUGUUUCCUAGGCUGCUGCUGUAAGCGACUAUCCCCCACAGCUCUCUCUGUUUCUGCUCACUGCACACUCCUCCAUUCCAUCGUACGUGCCCGCUGUGGCUCAGAUAAUGGCCUCUCACUCUGCACACACUGGAGAGAGAGAGAGAGAGAGCAGAGGAGAUGGAGGGAGAGGCUGCACGAGAGGGAGGGGAAUGGAGGGAGGGAGAGAGAGAGAGAGAGAGAGAGGGGAAGGUGGGGGCUGCGAAGAGAAGCCGACUGCAUGUGUAGCCGAGAGAAAGAAAGAGGAUAUUGAAAAGGGGAAGGGAGGAGCAGACAUAGAUAAUGAGAAAGGAAAAAGGAGAGAACAGAAAGCGUCGGCCAUAAGAAGAGGCGAGAGAGAAAUGAGAAACGUGUGUGUGCUGUGCUGGGGGGAAGUGUGUUGUUUGUGUGUGGUUGGCUGCGCGUGUGUGCGUGUGUGAACGCAUGCAUGUGUAUUUGGCCGCUUGGUCUAUCUGUGCGCCACACAGACUGGAAGAAAUAAAAAGGAAUACAACCCAACGACUCCCGAUUGCUUUUGGAGCUGCUGUGCCGGCAAGAAGCGAGUCUCAUGCUCCUCUCUGUGUCCUCUUCUGUCUGGAUGUCUAAGACCACACUGUUUACGAAGUCACUUCAGUAGAUGGCCCCAGAAGUGGAGGCCAGAUGGAAAUUGGGUCACAUGACCGCCUCCAGGAAGGCGCGCUGAGCCUGGAACCGGCCAAUGGGGUGAAUCGCUACCCUAAUGAUGAUUCGACAUCUAGUGAAACAGAGCAACAGAGGGCAGGAAGCGUGCCUCCAAGGCAGAGCUGGUUGUCAGUACACGGCAAGGUCAGUGACACCCAACAACAGCAACCGUGUUGGAACAGCAGCGGUGGUGCAAACCCUGGUGAACCUGUCCACCAUGCAGACAUGGAGGACGCACACAAUCUGGUGGCUUUUUCGGCUAUUGCUGGCUCCUUGCCUCCUUCUUCCUCCUCUUCCUGCCUCAUGCAGCCUAACACAGCUCAGUUGAAUGAGAAGUUCACCAAGGAGAUGGGUGUUCAGGGGGCACAGGCCAAACUCUCUGCAGGAGCUCCUGAAGGAAGCUGUCAAACUCCAGAAGACCUGAACUCUCUACAUUCGGCACUGAGCCAAGCCAAACAUGGACACAAGCCCCCUAACUGCAACUGUGAUGGGCCUGACUGUCCAGACUACCUAGAGUGGCUGGAGAAGAAGAUCAAGUUGGCAACCAAUGAGGAUCAAGGUGCUUGCAAGAUGGCUGACGCUCCCCCUAACUCACAGCCUCACCUACAGCAAACCCAUUUGCAGCACCCUCGUCAGCCCUACUCCCACAUGAACGGUGGCCACCGUCUGUCUGCUUUAUACCCCCAGCAGCAACACACAGGUCAAGGCCAUAAUCUAGACCAAGUGCUCUGCUCAAAACCCCCAAUUCCCUGCUCUCCCCAGGUGCUCUCCAUAGCCAAGGAAAAGAACAUCAGUCUUCAGGCAGCUAUUGCUAUAGAAGCCCUGACCCAGCUAUCUGGGACUGGUCCGCAACCUGUUGUCUCUCCAGGUCAAUUUUCCUACACCAGUAACCUCCAUCAACACCAACAUAACCAGAACCCCAUAUCUCAACCCCCCAAUGGCACGAGCUUGAUCCCAUCCUCUCCCGGCACCCACUCAUCUUCCUCACGCUCUCAAUCUGUACCUCCAGGAUUAAACACCAUUCAGAAGGCCUCCGUUUCCUGUGACCACCACAGGCCCCAAUCCCAGGGCCAGCCACCCCAUGCUACCCCUCUUCCAUCCUCUACCUCUCCCUUCCUAGGUCAGGGGAAACAUCCAGGCUUCAUCUCCAAUCCCCAGCAGUGGAAACAGGGCUCAUGCAGAAGCUCUGACCAGAGGAACCCAUGGAAUUGUAUAAAGUCUGAGCCCCAGUCUCACUAUGCUGCUGCACCUCACAGCAGCUCAGACCCCAUGUCAGAGCUCAAGCAGCUGCUUGGUGACACCAGUGGCAAGUUUAGCCAUGCUAAUUUCAAGCUUCCAAUUACACAACAGAUUGUUUUGAACCACAAUGGAGGUGUACAGGCCCAAGACCAUCCAGCAUUGGCCAGGAUAAAGCAAGAACCAGACUCUGGAGAGCACAACCAUCACACUGCCUCCAUGGGACAUUAUGGCAUGGCUAAUGGUCAGCAGCAGGGUCAGCACUACCCUGGUACUCCCAUGUCUCCUGGCCAAGCAGCCAUCAGACACUCCACUCAGGCAGCUCUGCAACAGCAUCUUCACUACAAGAGGAACCUCUUCUCUAACCACUCCCCUGGCUUUGGAGCACCAGGCCCUCGUGCACCGCUGGCUUGUCAAAACUUGAAAAAAUGGUGGCCACAGAUGGGCGGAGAAGGUUUGCCACAUUUGGCCAUCAAACAGGAACCCAAGAAGAGGAAAAGCAGUCAAGGAUCUCCGAUCAUAAAAGCUAUGAGUGGGAUGCUUGCCGUCUCUCCCCUGCCCAAACCUAAACAAAUAGUCAUCAAGAAGACCAAGCAGAAAGCCUCCAUGCCGACCUUCCUGCCUCAGAUUCAGAUCACCGUACAAAAAGCAUCCGUCCUCAUGGUGAACAGAGCCCCGGCCCUGACCAGCCUGCAACCAGGUUCUCUCCCCUCUCUUCCCCUCCUCAGUAACUCCACUCAGGCUGCUGCUGCAGGCCUCCCUGCCCCAGCCCAAUCUCAGGUAUCCAUUUCCAACUCCUCCAUGACUCCCUCUUCCACUGUUUCUGCUUUGUCAGAAAACACUCCAGCCCUCAUGGGCCCUCUGCUCUCACAUGUGGCCCCUGUAGCUCACGCUAAGUCAGAGGGAGUGGGCAGCCUGGCCUCCAGUAACACCAGCACCACCACACCUGUGACCUCCACAUCCAGCACCUCCAAAUUACAGAGCGUCAUUAACAUCGACCCGAAGUACGAAGAACUGAUCCGCCAGUUUGAGGCUGAAUUUGGAGACUCAGCUCCAGACACAUCUGCCGGUCAUCCCAAGGAGGAGACUGCUACAGACCCUCAGCUGAGGAAUCAGUCCCAGACCAGUUCAGAGGACCUCAGUCCCACAUCAUCUUCCAACUCCCAGUCGGCUCCCUUAAUUCUCGCCACUCAAGCCAGCUCCACAUCUCAUUCAGAUGAUCGGGAGAGGGAGGUCAGCAAGGAUGAGCCAGGGUCCCAAAGUGAAGCAACCUUGAAUCAGGCAUCCACAGAAAGCUCUCUGCGGGAUGUCCCUCUGCAUCAUCAGGCUAUUCUACACCAGCAGCAGCAGCCCAGUGUGUUAGAGGGUACUUUCAACAUGCCGUGUUCUCCACUACCCAAACGCAUGAAGAUUGAAACCUCGGGGGAUAUAUCCAUACUUUCCACCACGUGCUAUUCUGAAGAGGACACACCCACUAAGGACAGCCUGCCUGCAUCUCCAUCUCUCAGAGGCUUCCUAGAGUCUCCUCUGCGCUACCUGGACACCCCCACCAAGACCUUGCUGAGUACUCCUUCCCAGGAUCUGCAGGCAGAGUUCCCCACCUGCACCUGUGUGGAACAAAUCCUGGAGAAAGAUGAAGGACCUUACUACAAUCACCUGGGAUCAGGACCUACUGUCGCCUCCAUACGAGACCUGAUGGAGACGAGGUAUGGAGAGAAGGGGGAGGCCAUCCGGAUUGAGAAGGUGGUGUACACAGGGCGAGAGGGAAAGAGCUCCCGAGGAUGUCCUAUUGCUAAGUGGGUGAUCCGUCGUGGCAGCGAGGCAGAGAAGCUGCUGUGCAUGGUGCGUCCGCGUGCAGGCCACCACUGUGACAACGCUUUCAUCAUCAUCCUCAUUAUGGUCUGGGAAGGUGUCCCGAGGGCCUUGGCUGACAAGCUGUACCACGAGCUCAGUGGCACUCUCGCCACAUUUGGCAACACCACCAGCCGACGCUGUGGCCUCAAUGAUGACCGGACCUGUGCCUGUCAAGGCAAGAACAGUGAAUCUUGUGGCGCAUCCUUCUCCUUUGGCUGCUCCUGGAGUAUGUACUUUAAUGGCUGCAAGUACGCCCGAAGCAAAAUUCCACGCAAGUUCAGGCUACAAGGAGAUCACCCUGAAGAGGAGGAUAAACUCAGGGAUAACCUCCAACAUCUGGCAACUGAGUUGGCUCCUUUGUACGAGCAGCUGGCGCCACAGGCCUACAGUAACCAGUGCAAGUACGAGUCAACAGCUCCAGAAUGCAGACUCGGCUUGAAGGAGGGCCGUCCGUUCUCUGGAGUCACUGCUUGCAUGGACUUCUGUGCCCACGCUCACAAGGACCAGCACAACCUCUACAAUGGUUGCACAGUGGUCUGUACUUUGACGAAGGAGGACAACCGUUCUGUGAAGGAGAUUCCAGAGGAUGAGCAGCUCCAUGUGUUGCCUCUUUAUCGGAUCUCCACGACUGAUGAGUUUGGCAGUGAGGAGGCCCAGCGUCUCAAGAUGCAGACAAAAGCCAUCCAUGUGCUUCAGGCUUUUCGCCGUGAGGUACGCAAGUUGCCCGAACCUGCCAAAUCCUGCCGACAGCGCAGACUGGAGGCCAAGAAGGCCAACUCGGAGAAGAAGAAAAAUAAACUCAUGCAGCAGGCAGGAGAGACACCAGAGAAAACAGUGGUCAAGGCUGAGGUCCGCAUCACAGGUUCCCCUCAACCCCGAGGCAAUAAAGCAAUUAUAAAACAAGAGGUGAAACCCAACAUCAAGAAGGAGCCCAUUAAUGGAUCAAUAGAUGGAUACCCUGUGCAGGCAGCAGACCCAUUCAGCAACAUCUAUCAACACCCUGCCUACUAUGUAAGGAGAGGCCUUCCCCCAACUGGCCAGCCCUCUGCAUCUGACCCAGUCAACGGUUACCACCACAAUCUGCCCGCAAUGCACGAUGGCUACUACAACUACUCCCCCAAUGCACUUUUCCGCCCUAAGUUGAGGACCUACGAGGGUCGCAAUGGCUCUUUGCCCAAAGCAGGCAGCAAGGCUGUCCAGGUUGAUGUGAAGCCUGAUAUUCAGAGCCUUCAGGCCCGACUGGCACAGCCCUUCCCCAGCCACCCAGAGCAAGCCAACCAACCAAACCUCAGCGCUUACGCCCAGCAUGUAGACCACAACCAGUCCCGUCCUUCCUCUGUAUCCUCUGAACACUCCAACAGAGGCACUCCAGUCAUCAAACAGGAGCCUAUGGAUGUGCCAGUCUAUGAAGGCACAAUGCAGAGCCAGGCUGGUGCCGACACACCUAACUUAAAGUUUAAUGGAAGUAUCGUUCCCACCAACUGGGAAGGCCAUCUGAACUCUAAACUAUGUCCCGAAGCCUCAUUGUUGAACCCGGACAAGCAGCAGUUCCACCAGCAGCGGCAGCCCUCUCCUUACCCCCAGCAGUGGACAUCCUACCCAGGCUCAAAUCCUCUGAUUGCUUCCCCUGCUCCAUCACCUUCCCCUCAGGUACAUCCGUCUCCAUCUCCAUCCCCUCACCUCGGGACAUCGUUCCCAGGUAACAUGCAUCAAGGGUCCACACGCCCCUCCACCUCGCGCCCAAGCACCCCUCAGACAGGCAGACCACAGCCUGGCGGCUCUCACUCAGGCUCAGCUACACCACAGCCAGGCACCCCAGGGCCAGGCACCCCCAGGCAUUGGGCCAGCCCUGCUCCGAGUCCUCAGCCAAAUGCUUGGGCCAUGGGUCCUGCAGCAUAUAGCCCCGGUUUCAAGCACAGCAAUCCUGCUGGAGCCUAUCCUGACAAGAUCUGGUCCAAGACUGAGGAAAGUCGGUGUACCACUCCUCUUGGGCUCCAAGAGAAUGCCUGGAAGUCUUGUGGAGGUUCAAUGGCAGGUAUUUCCCCGUCCCCUGCCCCUGAGGGUCGUCUCUUCCCUGAUGCCCUGCAGCAGUCAGAUCAGGCCUGCUGGACUCCCGGCCGAGCAGAGAGUGACGUUGAGAGCACCAAGGGCCGUGACGAGUACGAGGAAGAACAAUGGUCUGACAGCGAGCACAACUUCCUGGAUCCCAACAUUGGUGGUCUAGCGGUAGCACCAGCCCAUGGCUCCAUCCUGAUUGAAUGUGCCCGUCGGGAACUACAUGCUACCACUCCGGUCGAAAAGCCUGAUCGCUCGCACCCCACCCGCAUCUCCCUGGUCUUCUACCAGCACAAGAACCUCAACCAGCCCAUGCACGGCAUGGCUAUUUGGGAAGCCAAAAUGAAGCUGCUGGCAGAGCGAGCGCUGCAGAGGCAGCAGGAAGCGGCUCUCCUCGGCCUCUCCCAGGAGGAAAUCAAGGCCCUCGGGAAGAAACGCAAGUGGGGGGCUACAGCGGCAGGUGCCAGUCCAGGACCUGGACAAUUUAAAGACAAGAGGGAGGGGCCGGUGACGCGGUUAGCCCCCACAUUCCACACCUCCUCUACGGUUACUGUGUCUCCCUAUGCCUUCACCCGCCUCACUGGGCCCUACAGCCACUAUGUCUGAAGUCAGAUGAAUACAGACAGAAAGCUACAGGGCGGCGCAGUGGAGGGCUGGAGAUGAGCAGGAUGAAUGUCUCUCAGCCGUCCCACUGUCUGGCAUCUCUCCAUCCUCUGCCCCCGUCGGUGUCCACGUGACGGAAGUUUUUUAAAAUUGUUUUUUACCUCAUGUCAGGCAAUUGUUUGGGCUUCAGACACACUGCCUGUGGUGCUCUUCCUCUCUCUUCCCUAGAGAGGAUCUCCAUUGCUUUUUCUUGUUCAUAGAAUUUUAAUGAUUCUAAUUAUUGCUAUUAUUAUCGAUAUUAUUAUGAUUGCUAUUGUUACUGUCAAUGUUGUUCUUACAGGUAUUAUAAUGAAGACUUGUUUGUUUUUUAUUAUUGCUGUUUUCAUUAAUGUUAUUAUUAAUGAUGUGAUUGUUUUUGGUUAUAUAUUUUUGUUUAAUCAAUCAGUCUGAGUCAGUCAGACUCGACAAUUUCUUUUCCAUGUUUGGGAAUCGUGUACCCUUUUUUUAUGUUUCUGAUUUUCUUUGUUCUUGUCAAUCUUCCAGCUGUACUUAGAGGAGGAGCCAUUAUCUGCCUGGUAAGACAGCAAAUCAAUAUUACCGUAAUCAUAUGUACAUAAAAGCCUUUUCAGUAGGCUUGUCUUAGAUAUCCAGGUCUAUUUUGGACAAUUUGCUGGUAUAUACCUUUGAUCUUACAACAGGAGGCCCCCAUAAAAGAUAAUUACAAUUAUUAACAACCUGGGCCUCUAUUUCCUAGCUUUGUGUUUGAAUAUAUAUUUCUUAUCCUGACAAUAAUACGGUUUACAAACCGCACUGCUCUUUAAUACACAAAAGACAUUAACACUGUACUGGAUACUACCAAUAUUCAUUUUGAUAUGUUCUGUUGCAUGGAACUUGCAUAUACUGUAUCUUGGUAUUUGCGUUAUUUCAGAUUUAGUAGACGUAUAAACACCUAAACACAUGAAAAGGACUUAUCGGAAGGAGGCUGCUUGAACGAGAACAGCUGAAAAGCAGAGCUCCUUAAAGACAAAAACUAAACUAACCAAGCAUUGUGAUGCAAAAGUAGAAAAAUAAUGCUCAGGUUAAAAAUAAUUGCUUUUGCCCCUAAAACCACAUUUUGAGAACAGUUUGCUGCUUCUUAUGUCGUCAGAUGACGUGCUCCUCCUCCUCCUCUUCUGUACUCCUCCAGCUUCAGACUGGUGCUCAACUUCUAGCUAUGAUUGAUUUUCAUUCCGCUCCUCUUCAUGGCACUUGAUGCUGUACUAAGGUGCUCUCUAACCCGGCUCGACUCAUUUGUUUUGACCAAUCUGGAGUGAUUGCUUCAAGACAUCAGUGAAGGACAUUUGCGUAAAAAUGCUUUUCCUUUGCUUGUCAUGUACAGUUACAUACCUGGUGCUCCACAGAGGCCAACAUGAGUGAUACUAUUUGCAAAUGCCUUUUGAUCCAGAUCUGCAAUUACCACAUCAGGAUGGACCAGGUGGCACACUUUAUCUUCCUAUAACAUUCAAGUAAGCGGAAGCAGCUUCCAGUGUAAACUCUAGAGGGCAGUGGUGUCUGCCGUUUCAAAGUGGUGCAUACAAACAAACCUUCUAGCAUGUGAGAUCCACUGAGAAACUGGUAGCCUUGCUUUGCUCCUUUAACAUGACCAGUCGAGGGGGAUCGCUGUUGCUGACCAUGGUUCAGUUGAUCUCGUGGCACAGAUGUGAAUGGAUGCUUUUGGGAAAGCCCGUCCUGGUUUGAGCAGAAGGAAACAGUGUUGGGACAGCAGUGCUUUUGGUGCUACGACACACACACACACUCUGGUGCUCUCCUAUUACACUUGAUUUACUGUAGAAGGGCCCACUCCUUCCUCUGCAUGGUGCUGCCAUCUUCGAGCGGAAAGAGAGAGAUGUGUCCUUCUGCAGCCACCGUGUCACCACAGAGCCAGUCAGUCAGUUGCAGCUCUGUCGUUUUGGGCUUGAGAACCGGUUUCUUUUUGAGGUGCUUUUUGCAUUUGGUUAUGUUUUAAACAAAGUGCUCUGUACAGGGCAGAGAAGGCACAGUCGCGUCAGUGCAUUGUUGGUAACCCAUUCACAGAGAUCACAAUAGUAAAUGGAGGCCUGGGGGUAGGCGUCAAAUGCAAGUGCGUUGAGUCAAUGAGUCUCUCACUUUGCUUGUGUGUGUGAAAAAUAACUCAAACGCAUCGGUUGAAAAGAAAAGCCAAAGAGAGAGACUAAUUGAUAGGCUGGAUAGGAUCCUGUGAACCACUCAUUUUUGUUUUCAGGCAUCGACCAUGUGACUAUUUGAUUCAUUGGAUUCAAGCGGUGACAUCGUUUAACUUGCAACAUUUGUCGAAAAUGAAAGUGAGCGACUCCUGGUGCUGAGUGGUUGUUCGGGUCAAGACCCUGGUUGUCUGUGAAAGAGUGUGUCCAGCUCUCUACCUCACGCUGUAGAGACACUGGUCACAAUCAACAACUUGCUCCCGAGGGUAGAAAUACAUAUAAACGCAUAUGUCUCUUUUUGUGCUCUAAAUCUCCACACUCAUUUUAACCUGUUUUUUGAACUCUUAUUUAUUACUACAUGGUUAUGAUGAUAAUGAUUGUCUUUGAUGUUAUUGUUUUUUCAUCUUUUUAUAUAUAGCUAAUACAAAUUGUACAUAGAGAAGAAAAGAUUUAUAAAAGCACUUUUAAUCUUGAUUUUGAUGACAAAAAGAAGAGCCGAUUAUUGACAACUUGAAGCUUAGUUUUUCUGUUUUUUUUUUUCUUCUCAAGAGAGAUAAAAAUGUAAAUAUUAAAAUAUUUAGGUAAGAUUAUUUAACUGGUGAGGAUAGUAACUAAACCAUGAAUGACAAGGGGGUAUUUUGAAGUCUCUGACAGCCCUGAACAACACCUGUGUUGUGUGUAAAUGUGUGCUUAGUAACACUGCUGUUCUGCUUUCAUAAGUACUGUAACCCCUUGUCAGCAUGUAUCUGACAGAGACCUGUCACUUUCUAAAAAGAAAAUCAUUAGCCCGAUUAUGUAACAUAACACUUACUCACUGGCGACAGUCAAAAUAACUGGAGGAUCACCCAUGAUGCAGUUCUCUGACUGACCUUAUUCUUACAAAAAGUAUAAAGUUCAGGGUUUUAGAAAAUCUUCUGCUUGACAAUAAAUCAUCAUUUGGCUUUUUACAGCAGGUGUCAACAACUCAAGAGACACUCCGUCAUGUCAAAUUAUAAGCAAUGUCAAAUUUCAACUUCAGCCUGAAAACUCAGCAACAGUGGCAAUAAGCUAAAGUCAAAUAUAAAAAGGUAGCCAUGAACCUACAAUGUGCUGUUGUUUAAAUAAAUAGAUCAGACACUUUGAGAAAUGUGAUUAUUUACUUUUCUUGCCGAGAGUUAGAUGAGAACACGAAUACCGCUCUCCUUUCUGUAUUCUGAAGGAUGUAGCCGGAGCCAGCAGACGGUUAGCUUAGCUUAGCAUAACGACUGCAAACAGGGGGAACCAGCUAGCCUAGCUCUGUGAACAGGCAACACAAUCCACCUCGCAAAGCCUCUAAAUCUCUCUAACACAUGGCAUCCGUCAUUAAUCCGUCCAAAAACCAAAGUUUAAACACGUUGAGUUUUGGUUUCACGGUGGUUACGUGCCAGACUAUGUCUUCUCGGUCACCAGCAGCGACUACAGGAACUUACUGUGUGGCACUCAAACUAAAAUUGUCCGUCUGUUGCUGCUGUGUGGAUUAGGCAGUCGUGCUUUUCAAGUGCUGGCAGACAGAUUUCGUUAUCUUUGGUCAAAUCCAAGCUAGAUUGUACCCCCUGUUUUCAGUCCUUUAUGUUAAACUAAGCUAACUGGCUGCGUACAGAAAUGAGAGUGGUGCACAUCUCCUCGUCUUUUUCUAAUAUUUCCCAAAAUGUUGACCUAUUUCCUUAAAAUCAGUAGAGCCCUUUACAAAUUGACCACCGCUCAUGUGCAGGACCGCAUCCAAAGGAGUGAUGAGGCGAGUCAGUGAGCGAUGUUUUGGGGUUAAUAGCCCAGCAAUCUUUGUCCGUUGUGUUAGACUAUCAGGUAAGAGACUCCCUGCUUGUUUAGAUGUAUCUAUCAUUAUCUACUCAUAAUAGUAAAGGAACUUGGCUUCAAAAUCAUGAUGCCCCUCUGGAAGAAAACUAUGUGUUUAGUUUGUAAUAAUUAAUCGUAUCGUACACACAUCAUGGCCAACAGUAGUUUGACUGGUGCAGGGGCCGGGACUGGUACAUUCACGGCCCAUUUUACUCUUCAACCAUAAUGCAUGGCCCAGAUUACACACACACACACACACACACACCUGCCUAACAUGGGUGCUGAGGAUACAGUGUAUGUGGUACCUUAAUAACUUUGUAAAUUUCUAACUUCUCAAGAGGUUUGAGAGAAGCUUCUCAUGAAAGGCACCUUCCUCCCACACUCCUACCGAGAUGGGGGGGGAGGGGGAUCGGUCAGCUGGUGCUAUGAUGCUACACUAAAUAUUCACUGUGGGAAAAAAAAGAAAUGCGAGGGAUAAAUGAUUGCCACAAAUAUUUUUCUGAGCUCUUCGAAUGUCAAGAAAAAUAUAGGUUUGAUUCAAGCUGUUUCACAGGAUGGGAAGCUGCCCUGGUGCUGACUUUAAGAGGUCUUUUGUUACAAUGCUACACAAUGACAUCUCUUUUUACAGGGCAAAGGGGCACUUAAACAGUUGAUUACGUUCUCUCUUCAUACUCUUUACCACAUUGUACUUGACCUCAUUCAAAAUAGGAUGAGAUAUAGAAUCAUAUUAUAUGAAGACUGUUAUCUGGGUUUCAUGUUUGGUCCAGCCAAGGUAUCAAAGGCUAUUGAAAUGAUCUUUUGAGUAUGCUGUACACGUUCAUGUUAACCUAAUGCUAAGAUAUUUGAAUACAAGAAUAGCAGUUGUGUUCUACCCCCCUUCCUCUUCCUGGACAUGCACUUCCUUUACUCAACCCCUCUCUUAUUCUUAACACCUUGUAUAUUUUGUCUUUCUCACACACGCGUACACACAAACAUAGAUAUACAAAUGCAUCUCACUGUGUAUGGCCCACAUUUAGAAGUCUGUUUAACACCUAAUUUAAUGAACACUCUCCAAAUUUAGAUAGAGACUUGGAGCCUGGCCCGUACACACACAAAAAAGAGCCGACACAACUGGCAGCUACUUUCCUUUUUGAGUUAGGAUUUUUCUUGGUUCUUUAUUUUCAUGUCAAGGAUGCAGUAUGUAAAAAAGUGUUUUUGUUCAGUCUCUCUCUCUUUGUAGCUGUAUGGUGUAUGAUGUGAAUACAUAGUGUAUGUGGUAAAAGAAACCACAAUAUUGUUUUAUGUUGCGCGAUAAAUAAAAACAUUGAAGUGA